GUAUUACAUGGAGCGUAAGAUCUUCCAACAUCUGCUCGAGUUGAAAUCACUGCAAAUACGUUCGAAUAAACUUAACGAAGCGGUUUUGGUAAAACGCGCCGUUGACGAUUAUCACAAAUCAUGUGCCGCCCUGGGCGGUGAGACAGGCACCCGGCUGCGUCGUUACACAUUCAGCGAAUAUACCUUUAAGAAUUUCGAACUGUUCCUUUACGAAACACUAAAGGCAUUACAGAAACCGGGAACAUAUAAUUUCCAGAAUAUCAAUGAAGUUUAUGACGAGGCGGAACGUCGCUUAAGUCCUGAUUAUAAUUCAUAUGAGAAGGCAUUACAGUGUACGACCAGAACUCAUCGAUGUCUGCAUGCUGCCCACGCCUAUACGGGUAUACCAUGUGCCGCAUACAAACCACUGUCCAUUAUUUUGGCGUCAUGGACAAUUGGACAGACAAAUGUUGACGUUGAUGCAAAUGAUCCCUUGAUGCCAGCACCAUCUGUUGUUGCUGUUUUGUUGGCUCUGUUGACAUUGUC